ACUACACACACUUCUCUGUCCAACAAUCUUAUCCGGUUACUAAACUCACAAGGGAAGAACCGGCUAGGACCGAAGAGACAUCGGAGUCCUCGGAAAAUGAAGCGCCUACAACAGGAAAUGAAGAGGAUGGGGAAGAAGGUAGAGAGGAAGCGGAGGGAAUUAAAACGGAGUAAGAAGUCAAUGAAGAAAAACGAAGCAGAACUGAGGAGAAUUCAAGAGCAAUUUGAAAAGGUGAGGAAAGCGAUUCGGCAAGUUCACCAGAACAAUUCUUUCACCGACGCCUUUGUUGAGAUUAAUCUUCACAUUUUCGAGGCUGAACAUGCUGGCAACUUCCUCGCCGCCCGGCAACACGCUGAUACUCUCCGGUUGGUUUUCAUAAUUUCGUUUCUGAACAUGGUCGGUUCGGAGUUAAUCCGAUCUCUCUCAUAUUUUAUCCUCUUGAUUAACUUGUAGUGAUCUGAUGGCCCAUUGGUCAGAAGAAAGACAAGAUUCUGAUAAUGAUGAUGAUGAUGAUGAUGAUGAUGAUGAAGAUUAAUUUAGGCCAAAAUCCCAAAUCCAUAUAGCAAAUCCGUUUAUUAAAAUAAAAAAGGGUAAAUAGUCCUUCAAAUAAUCAAUCGAUACAAACAAUCAUUAUUGAAGGGCUGAAGUCAUCACACAUAAAUAAUUCAUUUAUCAUCUGAUUUUGCUUUUAAUGGAAAGCUCAGGUGUGAUGAUUCAAUCAUUUAAUAAUAAUUGUUUGUUUCAAUUGACAACUUAAAGGAAUAAUUUAUCUUUUAUCUCUACUCUAUUUAGGGGAUAGGUUUGGGGUUUGAUCAUUAGUUUAUACUACUUGCAUAAAAGCACUCUAUACAUUGAUUUUUUUAUUUAAUAUUGUACUUGGGUAUGUUUUUACGUACUCUGGAUAUAGUCCUUUUGUUUUUUUUUUAGCCGGCAGAGCAUUAAAACAUGAUUCUUUCUACAGGGAUUCAUGUAUCAGAUAGACGUUUCAGUAUUUUAAUAUAAUUUUUAUUUGUUU